AUGUCGCCUGAUCGCCCGCCCUGUGCACCGAAACGUCGAAGAAUAGGAAUCACCUUCGCCAGCAAGGCAGUGAUAUGCAAGAGGAAGAAGGACAACCCUCACCUGAAGUUGCCGGACAUUCAACAGUGGGCAAAGUCUCAACUUGGUCUUGACAUUCCGAAGUCUACGAUGGCGGAUAUACUGAGCCGUUCGGACAAAUGGCUUAGCGCAGACAAAGAAAACGUGAACGCCGUGCAGGAGCGUCCUGGACGUGAAGGAAAGCUGGAGGAAGCCCUUCUAACAUGGUUCGGGGAUCUUCGUUCUCGUGGGGCACCGGUUAACGACAUGAUGCUGAUCGAGAAAGCCAAGAUUUUCGGCGCAAGACUUGGUGCACCAGACGCGUUCCAGUUCUCCAGGGGCUGGCUGCACCGCUUCAAGCAGCGUCACGAAAUUCGCCAGUACACCACCCAUGGAGAAGCUGCGUCUGUUGACGAGGCCGUCGUGGAAGCGGGGAAAACAGCGAUGCGACGUACCUUGCAGAACUUCAACCGCGACGAUACGUACAACAUGGACGAAACCUACCUGUUUUACAAGUUGGGCCCUUCAUCUACGCUAUCUACCCAAGCUGAACCAGGAACGAAAAAGUCGAAGGCACGAAUCACCAUCGCUUUGAUCUGCAAUGCAUCAGGCACCGACAAGCAGAAGCCAAUAGUCAUCAACAACGCAGCACGUCCUCGCUGUUUCGGCAAGACAUUUGAUCCUUCUGUGUACUGCGAUUACUACCACAACAAAAAGGCGUGGAUGACUACUGGUGUAUUCCAAACGAUAGUCAACGACUUGGACCGUGACCUUCGCCGCAGGAACCGACGCGGUGUUUUCGUCUUGGAUAACGCCUCGUCUCACAACGCAACUGGACUAGACCUCACCAACUUAGAGCUUUGUUUUCUACCAAAGGACACGACCAGUCACCUCCAGCAACUAGACGCAGGCAUCAUCCGCUCAUUCAAGUCGGCAUACCGCAGGGACUUGGUCUCUCUUUUCAUCGAACGUGCCGAAGAAGGAAUGGAGAUGACAGCGGAUAUUCUCGACGCCAUCCGCAUCGUGCCUGGAGAACCGUUUCAGAACCUACCGUUGUGA